AUGAAGAUUUUACUUGAAUUUCAAGUGUUGCGGUCCCCAUGGAGCAUCCAGACUCUGCGCAGAUUAUUCCAUCAGUAUCACAAGACUUUUGCAUCUUUGAAUUUCUCAGACUAUGAAGCUAUCAGUCGCUGUGAACAGGAAGUACCUGAGUACUUUAAUUUUGCAAGUGAUGUGCUGGACAAGUGGUCUCAAAUAGAAAAGGAACAAAAGGGACCAUCAAACCCAGCUCUUUGGUGGAUAAAUGGGAAAGGAGAUGAAAUGAAAUGGAGCUUUGAAAAGCUGAGCUUCCUGUCGCAAAAAGUGGCCAACAUGCUCACUGGCCCAUGUGGUCUGCAAAGAGGAGACGGAGUUUUAGUGAUUCUACCCCGAAUCCCAGAGUGGUGGCUGCUGAACGUGGCUUGUAUGCGAACAGGUGUUAUCAUCAUCCCAGGGACAACACAACUGACAGCACAGGACAUUUGCUAUAGAUUGCUGGUUUCCAAGGCUAAGUGCAUUAUUACAACUGAUGAGCUUGCUCCUGUGGUGGACUCAGUUGCAUCCAAGUGCGAAUUUCUGAAAACGAAGCUAAUUGUAUCUGAAAGCAGCAGGGCCGAGUGGCUGAACUUCAGUGAUUUGCUCAAGGCUGCCCCUGCUGUCCAUAACUGUGUGAAGACAAAAAGCCAGGACCCAAUGGCAAUCUAUUUUACCAGUGGUGCCACAGGCUCUCCCAAAAUGGUUGAACAUUCCUAUGGAAGCUUUGGUCUGGGUUUUUUUCUCUGUGGAAGAUACUGGAUGAAUUUGACUCCCUCAGACAUCAUGUGGAACAUGUCAGACACUGCUUGGGUAAAGGCAGCUAUUGGGAGCGUUUUUGGUCCGUGGUUCCAGGGCACGUGUGUUUUUGUACAUGCCAUGCCACAGUUUGAUCCAAGAGCAAUCUUAAAUACCUUGUGCAGAUAUCCAGUGACCACUCUGUGCGGCGCCCCAACUGCCUACCGCAUGCUGGUACAGCAUGACCUCACCAGGUAUGCAUUCAAGACACUGAAGCACUGUUUGACUGGAGGGGAACCACUCAACCCAGAAGUGAUGGCAAAGUGGAAAAGCCAAACAGGACUGACAAUCUGUGAAGGCUACGGCCAAACUGAAAUUGGAAUGAUAUGUGCAAAUACGAAAGGAAUGAAAAUUAAGCCAGGUUCCUUGGGAAAGGCAGCUCCCCCCUACGAUGUUCAGAUUAUAGAUGAAAAUGGCAGUGUUCUGCCUCCUGGGAGAGAAGGAGACAUUGCUAUCAAAAUGGAUGCCAAGCGGCCGUUUACUUUUUUCACUCGAUACCUGGAUGAUCCAGUGAAAACUGCUUCCACAAUCCGUGGGAACUUCUAUUUCACUGGAGACAGAGGGAGCAUGGAUGAGGAUGGAUAUAUGGGGAGAUCUGAUGAUGUCAUCAUCUCCUCCAGGUAUCGUAUCGGACCAUUUGAAAUAGAGAGUGCCCUGAUACAGCACCCAGCUGUCGUUGAGUCAGCUGUUGUCAGCAGCCCAGAUCCCAUCAGAGGAGAGGUGGUAAAAGCUUUUGUGGUCUUAUCUCCUUCCUUUAAGUCUCAAGAUCCAAAGAAACUUGAAUUGCAAGAUCAUGUCAAGAAAGUCACUGCUCCAUACAAGUACCCCAGAAAAAUUGAAUUUGUCCAGCAGCUGCCAAAGACAAUCGCUGGGAAAAUCAGACGGAAUGAACUGAGGAACAAGGAGCAGGGACAGAUUUAG